AGAGGGAGGGAGGGGAGGGAUGAUGGAGCUAAGAUGGCAGCCUUACUGCUGAGGGUGCUGCUACCGCCUCUCAGGGCUCUAGAAUUAAUCCGAGAGAGACUUUAUCAGACCCAGGACACCGUGGAUUUCUGGAAAUAAGAGCUCGUCUUCUUUAUGAUCCUACCAGAGUUGUUGUUAUGGCUUGAUGAGGGCUCUGUUUCCCCCAUCAUCAAGCGACUGUGUUGACGCUGGGAUCAGAAGAGCUGUAGUUGCGCCACCAAAAGAUUGGUGGCUACGAAUUUCUUUGCUAUAUAUUACGACAACUACGGUGGAUGGUCAUUUGUGGUGUUUCUGCGACGGGUUCUGUGACUUGCGGGGGAUUUGAUAAUGACUAUGGGAUUUGUUAUUGACAUGCUGUGGUCGCGAUAACCUUUUUGAGUGAUAUAUGCAUUGUUCUCCUAAACGAUGAUGUGUGCUGCUGCUGCGGGGGCGGCCCCCGCCGCCGGUGCUGGUGUCGCUGCUGCUGCCGGUGCUGGUGCUGGGAUUCUGCCCUCCUCGUCCCCGGCCAUGGGGCUCGGUGUGCGGGUGAUGUCUGGAGCAGGAGCCGAUCUCUCCAGCCUCGGUUCCGGGAUAGGUUCCUGUCCGGCACCCGGAGCCCAGUCGGACUGUCGGACGCGGUACCAGCUUUUACUCUCAGGACGAGCUCUGGCAGAACGAUACAGGCGGAUUUAUACCACGGCAAUCAAUGAUAAAGAGCAAGGGAUAAAUCAAGGAAGGGGAAAGAAGGCUCUGAGUAAGAAGAAAUUGAAAAGGCGACAGAAAGUCAAGUCCAAAGUCAAAUCGAGAACAAAGGCUGAGAGCAUAGAUGGAGCCCUCUUUGUACCGGACAUCAAGCUACACAGCAACCCGUCAGCGUUCAACGUCUACUGCAACGUGCGGCACUGUGUGCUGGACUGGCAGCAGAGAGAGGCCUCCCUGGCUCUGGCCUCCAGGAGCUCAGUGCAGAGCGGAGACUCAGAUAGCGAGGAGGAGGAGGAGUACCGUGAGCCAGCCGUCAAGCUGCCAAAGAUCAUUGGAAUUGGCCUGUGUGGGGUUUUUGAACUGAUAAAAGAGACACGGUUUUCACACCCUUCACUGUGCCUGCGUAGCCUUCAAGCUUUGUUGGACAUGCUACAGGGACAACAGCCCGAGGGCUUCCAGACUGAGCCCCCUGAUGUGUUAGAGUCUCUUUUCCAGUUGUUAUUGGAGACAACGGUUCGGAGCACGGGGCCCAAUGACCCGACAGGACAGGCCAUCACAGCGCUGUCUUGCGCCUGCCUCUUCAGUUUAGUGGUGGCCUGGGGAGACACAGGCAAAAUCCUGCAGGCUGCAUCUGCCAUCCUCACAAACAAUGGCAGCCACGCCUGUCAGACAAUACAGGUGCCCACCAUCCUGAAUGCACUACAGAGAAGUGUACAGGCAGUCCUGGUGGGAAAGAUCCAAAUCCAGGACUGGUUUGGAAAUGGUAUCAAACGCGCUGCCUUGAUGAACAAGUGGCUCCUAAAAGAGGUGACCAUUGAUGAGGACGAACGUUGUCUCCUGCAGACUGACGGCUCUUUCCUGUACUUGCUCUGCAAAGAUGGACUGUACAAAGUGGGCUCUGGAUACAGCGGCACAGUCAGGGGUCAUGUGUACAACUCCACCUCUCGAAUCAGGAAUCGAAAGGAGAAGAGAUCAUGGUUGGGAUUUGCUCAGGGCUUCUUGUUGUACCGGGACACAAGCAACCACAGUAUGUCAGCCGUUAAGAUCAACCCUGAGACCUUGGAGCAUGAGGGCGCCGUCACCAUGCCAGGGCAACACUCAGAUGGGCAGAACAUCAUCUUCACAGAUGGAGAGUAUGUCAACCAGAUUGCAGCCUGCAAAGAUGAUGGCUUUGUGGUGCGGAUCUUUAAUAUGCCCUCUAUACCAUGCUCGGAACCGGCCCUGCAGCAGGAACUGCAGCUGAAGCUGGCGAGGAAAUGUCUGCAUGCCUGUGGCAUAUCCCUCUUUGACCUGGAGAAAGAUCUGCACAUCAUCAGCACUGGCUUUGAUGAAGAGGCAGCGUUGUUGGGAGCGGGCAGGGAGUUUGCUCUGAUGAAAACUGCCUCAGGAAAGAUCUACUACACAGGAAAAUAUCAGAGCCUGGGUAUAAAGCAGGGUGGUCCAUCUGCUGGAAAAUGGGUGGAGCUGCCCGUCACUAAAUCUCCAAAGAUUGUUCAGUUCUCAGUUGGUCACGAUGGAUCCCAUGCGCUGCUAGUUGCCGAAGAUGGAAGUGUGUUUUUCACAGGCUCUGCCAGUAAGGGAGAGGAUGGCGAGUCCACUAAAAGUCGUAGGCAGCCCAAACCAUACAAACCUAAGAAGAUGAUCAAACUAGAGACCAAGACGGCAGUGUAUACCGCAUGCAAUAAUGGCAGCAGCAGCAUUGUCACCAAAGAUGGAGAGCUCUACAUGUUUGGAAAAGAUGCCAUUUACAGUGACAGCACCUGCCAGGUGACAGACCUGAAAGGUCACUUAGUAACUCAGGUUGCCAUGGGAAAGGCCCACACAUGUGUCCUGACCAAGAACGGGGAGGUGUGGACAUUUGGUGUGAAUAACAAGGGCCAGUGUGGCAGAGACACUGGAGCCAUGAGCCAGACUGGGAAAGCCUUUGGUGUGGAGAACAUGGCCACAGCCAUGGAUGAAGAUCUGGAGGAUGAGCUGGAGGAGAAGGAGGAAAAGAGCAUGAUGUGCCAACCAGGGAUGCACAAGUGGAAGCUGGAUCAGUGCAUGGUCUGCACCGUCUGUGGAGACUGCACAGGCUAUGGUGCAAGCUGUGUGAGCAGUGGACGUCCAGACAGGGUACCAGGAGGUAUCUGUGGCUGUGGGUCUGGAGAAUCUGGAUGUUCAGCUUGUGGCUGUUGUAAAACUUGUGCUCGGGAACUUGAUGGUCAGGAGGCAAGACAGAGAGGUAUCUUUGAUGCUGUCAAGGAGAUGAUUCCACUGGACCUGCUGCUUGCUGUGCCUGUCCCUCCCCCUCCAGGAGUGAACAUUGAGGAGCACAUUCAGAUCCGCCAGGAGGAGAAGCGACAAAGGAUCAACCGCAGACACCGGCUGGAGGAGGGCAGAGGCCCCCUUGUUUUUCCUGGUCCCAUUUUUAUGAACCAGCGUGAGCAGGCCCUAGCCAGAAUAAGACCCCUUCAGGCACUCAGGCAUAAACGGGACAAGCACAAAGAUGGAAGCAGUGAGCGAGGAGAGAAAGAUGCCAGCAAAAUCACCACCUACCCUCCAGGGGCUGUGAGGUUUGACUGUGAGCUGCGAGCUGUGCAGGUCAGCUGUGGGUUUCACCACUCAGUCGUGUUGAUGGAAAAUGGAGACGUCUACACAUUUGGUUAUGGUCAACAUGGGCAACUUGGACAUGGAGAUGUUAACUCCAGGGGUUCUCCAACUCUGGUACAGGCACUCCCAGGUCCCAGCAUCCAGGUGACAGCAGGAAGCAACCACACUGCUGUCCUUCUCAUGGACGGGCAGGUCUUUACAUUUGGUAGUUUUUCGAAAGGACAACUUGGUCGGCCCAUCUUAGACAUGCCCUACUGGAACGCCAAGCCAUCUCCCAUGCCCAACAUCGGUGCCAAAUACGGACGGAAGGCUACUUGGAUUGGUGCCAGCGGAGACCAGACAUUUCUACGAAUCGAUGAGGCGCUAAUCAACUCCCAUGUCCUGGCCACUUCAGAGAUCUUUGCCAGCAAACACAUCAUUGGCCUCGUCCCCUCCUCUGUGUCAGAGCCGCCUCCAUUCAAAUGCUUACUCAUAAACAAAAUGGAUGGAAGCUGCAGGACCUUCAAUGACUCUGAGCAGGAGGACCUGCAGGGAUUCGGCCUGUGUCUUGAUCCUGUGUAUGAUGUCAUCUGGAGAUUCCUGCCUACCCUGAGAGAAAUGUGGUGCUACAAUGCAGUGAUUGCUGAUGCCAGGAUGCCCUCUGCCCCGGAUCUACAGGCACGGUGCAGCAUCCUCAGUCCAGAACUGGCUUUGCCCUCAGGAUCACAUGCAACCACCACUCGCUCUCAUGGAGCUCUACACAUUCUUGGUUGCCUGGACACUCUGGCAGCGAUGCAGGAGCUAAAGAUGGGUGUAGCCAGUGCAGAGGAAGAGACCCAGGCAGUGAUGAAGGUCUACUCCAAGGAAGACUACAGUGUGGUUAACCGAUUUGAGAGUCAUGGUGGUGGUUGGGGUUACUCUGCCCAUUCCGUGGAGGCCAUUCGCUUCUGUGCUGAUGCUGACAUCCUGCUGGGAGGGCUUGGCCUGUUUGGUGGUCGAGGAGAGUACACUGCAAAGAUUAAGCUUUUUGAGCUGGGCCCUGAUGGAGGUGACCAUGAGACAGAUGGUGACUUGCUGGCUGAGACUGACGUCCUGGCCUAUGACUGUGCUGCCAGGGAGAAAUAUGCCAUGAUGUUUGAUGAGCCUGUGCUGCUGCAGCUGGGCUGGUGGUAUGUGGCCUGGGCCAGAGUGUCGGGUCCCAGCAGUGACUGUGGCUCCCAUGGACAGGCCACCAUCACUACAGACGAUGGUGUGGUCUUUCAGUUCAAAAGCUCCAAGAAGUCAAACAAUGGCACAGAUGUAAAUGCAGGUCAAAUACCUCAGCUACUUUACAGGCUUCCUUCCAAUGAUGGAAAUGCAUCUAAGGGCAAACAGCAGACUACUGAGCCUGUCCACAUCCUCAAACGCUCAUUUGCUCGAACAGUGUCAGUGGAGUGUUUUGAGUCCCUGCUCAGUAUCCUGCACUGGAGCUGGACCACCUUGGUGUUGGGUGUGGAAGAGCUGCGAGGACUGAAGGGUUUCCAGUACACAGCCACCUUGCUCGACCUGGAGCGGCUGCGCUUUGUUGGCACAUGCUGCCUUCGCCUGCUCAGGGUCUACAUCUGUGAGAUCUUCCCCAUCGCUGCCAGCACCAAAGCUGUGGUGGAGGAGUCCAGCAAACUGGCAGAGUGUGUGGGGAAGACACGGAGCCUGCUGAAGAAGAUCCUGUCAGAAGGCAUGGACAAUUGUCUGACCAAGCUGGACAAUGACCCUCAGGGCUACCUGUCUCAGCCUCUCACUCUGCUUGAAGCUGUGCUGCAGGAGUGUCACAACACCUUCACUGCCUGCUUCCACUCCUUUUAUCCAACUCCAGCUUUGCAGUGGGCCUGUCUCUGUGAUCUGCUUAACUGCCUCGACCAGGACAUAGCAGAAGCAAACUUUCGCACCUCCAGUAGUCGCCUGCUGGCUGCAGUUAUGUCAGCUCUGUGCAACACCUCUGUCAAACUGACCUCCAUCCUCCCCAUUGCAUAUGACGGAGAAGUGUUGCUGCGUUCACUGGUCAAACAAGUCAGCACAGAGAAUGACUCGGCUCUUGCUCACCGCUUCCCCCUGCUGGUGGCCCACAUGGAGAAACUAAGUCACACGGAAGAGAACCUGAUGGGCAUGACCAGUUUCCGUGAGGUGCUGGAGAAGAUGCUGGUGAUUGUGGUUCUGCCAGUGAGGAAGAGUCUGAGGAAGGAGGUGGAAUUAUUUUCACCGCACCUUGUCUCCAACACCUGUGGUCUUCUGGCCUCUAUUGUUUCUGAGCUCACAGCCUCAGCCCUUGGCUCUGAGGUUGAUGGACUGAACUCACUUCAUUCUGUAAAAGCAUCUCCCAACCGCUUCACAAAAACCAGCCAGGGUCGGAGCUGGAACACAGGCAACGGCUCUCCGGAUGCCAUCUGUCUGACUGUGGACAAGCCAGGAGUUGUGCUGGUGGGGGUCUGUGUCUAUGGAGGAGGGGGCAUCCAUGAGUAUGAGCUGGAAGUGCUGGCUGAUGACGCACAGACCGAUCAUCCAGGAGACUCUGCACAUUCUCACAGGUGGACAUCUCUAGAGCUGGUGAAGGGCACCUAUAGCACUGAUGACUCUCCCAGUGACAUUGCUGAAAUUCGCCUGGACAAAGCUGUGCCACUUAAGGAAGGGGUAAAGUAUGCUGUCCGACUGCGAAACUAUGGCAGCAGGACAGCUAAUGGGGACGGAGGCAUGACCACAGUGCAGUGCUCGGAUGGUGUGUCCUUUACCUUCAGCACCUGUAGCUUGAGCAGCAAUGGGACCAACCAGACCAGAGGACAGAUCCCACAGAUUCUGUACUACAGGAGUGAGUAUGAUGGUGACCUCCAGUCUCAGCUGCUUAGCAAAGCCAAUGAGGAGGACAAAAACUGCAGCAGAGCACUAUCUGUUGUCAGCGCCGUAGUCAGAGCUGCGAAGGACCUGCUUCAUAGAGCAUUUGCUGUUGACGUGGAAGAUAUACCAGAGUUGUUAAGUUCCUCAAGUCUUUUUUCCAUGCUCCUGCCUCUUAUCUUGGCCUACAUUGGCCCUGUGGCAGCGUCUGUACCCAAGGCUGCUGUGGAAGUCUUUGGACUUGUCCAGGAACUCUUACCUGCUGUCUCUGCUCUCAACCAAAAAUAUGCCCCACCAACCUUUAAUCCUAACCAAUCAACAGACAGCACAACUGGUAACCAGGCAGAACAGGGGCUCUCAGCUUGCACCACCUCGAGCCAUUACUCCGUAAUGGAGAGUGACCACCCUUACAAGCAAGCAGGGGUCACACAAUACAGGGUAUCAUUUCCAGACUGUGUCCGUUGGACCACCAUUGAGUUUGAUCCACAGUGUGGCACAGCUCAACCGGAGGACAUUCUACGAAUUCUCAUACCGAGCAGAGUUCUUCACUUGUCCAGUCUAGGUGGCAAACCUCUACUUCACGACACCAUCAACACCUGGACCGAGCUGAAAAAGUUCUCUGGAAUCACAGGGUGGCCGACCACUGUGCUUGUGUUGCCAGGAAAUGAAGUGCUCUUCUCCCUGGAAACUGCGUCGGAUUAUGUUAAGGAUGAGAAAGCUUGCUUCUACGGCUUUAAGUGUGUCGCUGUGGGAUAUGAAUUCAAUCCAGGACCUGAUGAGGGCAUUAUCCAACUAGAGAAAGAGCUGGCCUUCCUGGGCAGUGUCUGUGCUGCAGCCCUGAUGAAGAAAGAUUUGGCGCUUCCCAUAGGCAAUGAGCUGGAGGAGGAUCUAGAGAUUCUUGAGGAAGCUUCUCUACAGGUGUGUAAAGCCCACUCAGGAAUCCUAGGAAAAGGUCUGGCCUUGUCUCACUCUCCCACCAUCCUGGAAGCCCUGGAGGGGAAUCUACCUCUCCAUCUCCAAACCAAUGAGCACUCCUUUCUUGAGGACUUCAUUACCUGUGUACAAAACUCAAGUGGAGGUCGCCUGGCCAGGUGGCUGCAGCCAGACUCAUACGCUGACCCCCAGAAGACUUCUCUUAUUCUAAACAAAGAUGACAUACGCUGCGGGUGGCCAACUACUGUGGUUGUACAGACCAAAGACCAGUAUGGCGAUGUGGUGCACGUUCCCAACAUGAAGGUAGAGGUGAAGGCUGUGCCUGUUUCCCAAAAGAAGUCUAUGCAGCCUGAUAACAUGAAGAAACUGCAACGUAUACAAGGGAGCUCCUCACCCUCAUCCUCUGGUCCUGACCUUACUUUUGGAGGUUUGCCAAUGCCCAAGCUCGAGGCCACAUAUGAACCUAUGAUUGUAAAGGAAGCACGAUACAUUGCCAUCACCAUGAUGAAGGCAUAUGAAAACUACUCUUUUGAAGAGCUGCGCUUUGCUUCCCCUACACCAAAAAGACCAAGUGAGAACAUGUUGAUUCGUGCAAAUACUGAUGGAACCUACAGUGCCAACUGGACCCCAGGAGCAGUCGGUCUAUACACGAUCCAUGUUACUAUUGAUGGCAUUGAAAUAGCUGUGAGUGUUUUGUCCCAUGAAGAUGCUGGUUUAGAGGUAGAAGUCAAAGACCCUCCAAAAGGCAUGAUACCGCCAGGAACUCAGAUGGUAAAGCCAAAGGCUGAACCUCAGCCUAGCAAGGUCCGCAAAUUUGUGUCCAAGGACAGCGCAGGCCUACGUGUGCGUAGUCACCCCUCGCUGCAGAGUGAACAGAUAGGCAUAGUGCAUGUCAAUGGCACCAUCACUUUCAUUGACGAGAUCCACAAUGAUGAUGGUGUGUGGCUCAGGCUCAAUGAUGAAACAGUUAAGAAGUAUGUUCCCAGCAUGAAUGGGUACACUGAAGCCUGGUGCCUCUCUUUUAACCAGCACCUGGGCAGGAGCCUCCUGGUCCCUGCUGACGAGGUCAGGGCCCAGUCGGAGGAGAACCUAAAGGAGGUGAGCAGCUGCCCUUCCCACGAAGCCCCCAUACGGGUGCAGAGCAGGGCAGGGCAGGGCGGCGGCCCGGGGCUUUAUAAGGUAGUGAAGACCGGCCCCUCUGGUCACAACAUCAGAAGCUGCCCAAACCUUAGGGGUAUCCCCAUUGGAAUGUUAGUACUUGGCAACAAGGUCAAGGCCAUAGGCGAGGUGGUCAACUCAGAGGGGACGUGGGUCCAGCUGGAUAAGAACAGUGUUGUGGAAUUCUGUGAGAGUGAUGAAGGAGAGGCCUGGUCGUUGUCCAAAGACCGCGGAGGGAACCAGUACCUUCGGCAUGAGGAGGAACAAGCUCUGACUGAACAUGGAGCGCAGACUCCACCGCCAAGCCCCUUCUCUGUGCAGGCCUUCAACAGAGCUGCAACUUCAAACGGAGCUCAGGGCUUUGACUAUGGCAUCUCUAACAACAAAGGUGACCGGUUGAGUGCCAUACUGAAUUCCAUUCAGUCUGGGCCCUUCCUCUCAGCAACUCCCUCUUCCUCCAUGUUUGACCAAGCUACCCAACCUCCUACCUCCUCCUCUGCCUCCUCUUCUUCCUCUUCCUCCUCUUCCUCUUCCCUUGUCCACAGCCCAUUUGUGUUUGGACAGUCCCCCUCCCAACACUCCCAAGCACAGCCACAGGGUCCGAAUGAUUCAACUCGCAGCCCCGCUUCUCAUGAGCGUUUGCACAAAAGCAGUUUGUCCAUGGCGGGGCAUGGUACUGCUCUCUCAUCUCUCACUCACAAGCAAAAGGGUGAACGAGGUGCCCUGAUCUCUGCUGCGCGUUCCAUGUCUCCAGCCUCUAAACACCGUCAAGAGAAUCGCUCACCAAAACAGGAGAGCCGUGGAGGCCGCUCAUUGGAGCAGAGCAGGAGUAAAAAUGGCGAAGGUGGACUCUCAGCCAGUGAGGCGCUCAUCCUACGGUCAGACACGGCCAAACUGAGGUCUGACUCCCACAGCCGCUCUCACUCGCCCAAUCACAACACGCUGCAGGCUCUGAAGGCAGAUGGUAGAACGCCAGGACAUCGAGCAGAGUCUCCAAACCCUGGUUCUCGCUCCUCUUCUCCCAAACAAAAAGGAGUAACGUCUUCAGGCAGGUCAAGUCCCUCUAACACUUCCACACAGCACUCCUCUCCAACCCACCACGACAAGAAUCUCCCACCUAAAGUUAGUCCAUCCUCCAAAGCCCGACUAGACCCUCCAAGAGAAAGAUCUAAAUCUGAUUCUUACACUCUGGAUCCAGACACGCUGCGAAAAAAGAAGAUUCCCCUCACAGAGCCACUGAGAGGCCGAUCUACAUCUCCAAAACCCAAACUUUCUCCUAAAGAUCCAAACAAAGGUGUAAUCAACAAUACAGAGAACCGUGUUCCCUCUCCACAUGUAACCCAGGAAAACCUGCACAGUGAGGUGGUGGAAGUUUGCACCUCCAGUACUCUCCUGUCCAACGAGGAAGGGAAUGAGGAAAACACAGAGGUCAGUAACUCAGAGGAAGGUUCUUGCAAGGUGCACUUCAGCAUCGGCAAAGCUCCCGUCAAAGAAGAGCUGGAGAGUCGCUCUUCCCCUAAGGUCAGCCGCAAAACCUCCAGUCGACACAUGCGUCCAAAGAAGGACAAAUCUGGACCACUGUUUAAAGGAGAGGGUACGUCAAAGACCACAGAGCCCGUCAAACAGGCCAUGUCGCCCUCUGUGGCCGAGUGUGCGCGAGCAGUCUUUGCCGCCUUCCUCUGGCAUGAAGGUAUUGUCCACGAUGCCAUGGCUUGCUCCUCCUUCCUGAAGUUUAACCCUGAUUUGACCAAGGAGCAUGCCCCCAUCCGCAGCUCACUGGGAGGACAAGGUGCAGAAGAGAAGGAAAGCAAACUGAAGAACCGCCACUCUUUGGAGAUCUCAUCUGCUCUUAACAUGUUUAACAUUGCACCACAUGGUCCAGAUAUCUCCAAAAUGGGCAGCAUCAACAAAAACAAGGUGCUGUCCAUGCUGAAGGAACCGCCCUUGCCAGAAAAGUGUGAAGAUGGAAAAGGGGAGUCCAUCUCCUAUGAGAUGACGUCUCAUCCCACUAUGAGAGUAAAGUCCAUCUUACCAUUAACACUACAGCAUCUGGUGGCCUUCUGGGAGGACAUAUCCAUGGCCACUAUCAAGGCAGCAACUCAGAACAUGAUCUUCCCCAGUCCUGGCUCCAGUGCCAUCUUAAAAAAGAAGGAACACGAGAAGGACAGUAAAAAGGCAAAGAAGGAGAAGAAGAAGAGAGAAAAGGCUGAGGUGCGUCCAAGAGGAAAUCUGUUUGGAGAGAUGGCACAGUUAGCCAUGGGUGGUCCAGAGAAAGACACUAUCUGUGAGUUGUGUGGAGAAUCUCACCCUUACCCAGUCACCUACCACAUGAGACAAGCUCAUCCAGGAUGUGGACGAUAUGCUGGAGGUCAGGGCUACAACAGUAUCGGUCACUUCUGUGGUGGUUGGGCUGGAAACUGUGGAGACGGAGGAAUAGGAGGUAGUACCUGGUACCUAGUCUGUGACCGCUGUCGGGAAAAAUAUCUCAGAGAGAAGCAGAGCGCUGCCAGGGAAAAGGUAAAGCAGUCAAGGAAGAAACCUCUGCAAGUGAAGACCCCAAGGGCUCUGCCCACCAUGGAGGCCCACCAGGUGAUCAGAGCCAACGCUCUUUUCCUACUGUCCCUCAGCAGUGCCGCUGAGCCCAGCAUGUUAUGCCACCACCCUCCUCGACCUCCACAUUCACAGCUGCUCCCCAGCCUAAAGGAGGGUGUGUCAGAUGAGCUUCCCAACAAAAUGGGCUGCCUGUAUCUGCAAACACUAGCUCGACAACACACAGAGAACUUUGGUGGCUACCAGGACGAUAACCUCUUCCAAGAUGAGAUGAGAUAUCUGCGUUCCACGUCUGUUCCUGCUCCCUACAUUUCUGUCACCCCUGAUGCCUGCCCCAAUGUCUUUGAGGAACCAGAGAGCAACAUGAAGUCAAUGCCCCCCAGUCUUGAGACCAGUCCAAUCACAGACAGUGACACAGCCAAGCGUACGGUAUUUCAGAGGUCGUACUCCGUCGUUGCCUCAGAGUACGACAAACAACACUCACCCUCUCCAGCCCGCGUUAAAGCUGUUCCCAGGCGCAGGGUUCACAGUGGGGAUGCAGAGGUGGGCUCUUCCCUGCUGAGACAUCCUUCUCCAGAGCUUUCUCGCCUGAUCUCAGCCCAUGGCUCCCUCAGUAAAGGAGAAAGGAACUUCCAGUGGCCCGUUUUGGCUUUUGUUAUCCAGCACCACGACCUGGAGGGUCUGGAGGUGGCCAUGAAGCAUGCUCUGAGGAAGUCCGCCUGCAGAGUUUUUGCCAUGGAGGCGUUCAACUGGCUGCUGUGCAACGUGAUCCAGACAACCUCACUGCACGACAUCCUCUGGCACUUUGUAGCAUCUCUCACCCCUUCCCCCUUUGAACCAGAGGAUGAAGAAGAUGAAGAAAACAAGGGCAACAAGGAAAAUGUGGAACAGGAAAGAGACCUUGGGGUUUGUGAACACCCCCUGUCAGAUAUUGUUAUUGCUGGAGAAGCAGCUCAUCCUCUUCCUCACACUUUCCACCGUCUCCUUCAGACCAUCUCUGACCUUAUGAUGUCACUUCCUAGUGGCAGCUCACUUCAGCAGAUGGCACUUAGGUGUUGGAGCCUCAAAUUUAAACAGUCAGACCAUCAGUUCCUUCAUCAGAGCAAUGUUUUCCAUCACAUCAACAACAUUUUGUCCAAGUCAGAUGAUGGAGACAGUGAGGAGAGCUUCAACAUUAGUGUACAGUCUGGUUAUGAAGCAAUAAGUCAGGAUCUCUGCCUGGUGACCUGCCUGAAAGACCUGACCAGUGUAGUGGACAUUAAAACUUCCAGUCGUCCAGCAAUGAUUGGCAGUCUGACUGAUGGCUCCACAGAGACUUUCUGGGAGUCUGGGGACGAGGACAAGAACAAAACCAAGAGUAUUACCAUCAGCUGUGUGAAGGGCAUCAACUCCUGCAAUGUGUCAGUGCAUGUGGACAACUCCAGAGACAUAGGAAACAAAGUCACAUCAGUGACAUUCCUUUGUGGAAAAGCAAUAGAAGACCUCUGCAGAAUCAAACAGGUUGACCUUGACUCUCGUCACAUGGGCUGGGUGACAAGUGAACUCCCUGGUGGAGACCAUCAUGUGAUAAAGGUGGAACUCAAGGGUCCAGAAAACACCCUUCGGGUGCGUCAGGUGAAGGUGCUGGGCUGGAAGGAAGGCGAGAGCAUCAAGAUUCCUGGACAGAUCUCGGCCAGCAUGGCUCAACAGAAGAACUGUGAGGCCGAGACCCUGAGAGUUUUCAGACUCAUCACAUCACAGGUAUUUGGAAAAUUGAUCUGUGGCGAUGCGGAGCCAACUCCAGAGCAGGAGGAGAAGAAUCUGCUUUCAUCACCAGAAGGAGAAGACAAGGCUCCCUCUGAUGCAGACCUGAAAGAGCACAUGGUGGGAAUCAUUUUUAGCAGAAGCAAACUCACCAAUCUGCAGAAACAGGUUUGUGCCCACAUCGUGCAGGCCAUCCGUAUGGAGGCCACACGGGUGAGGGAGGAGUGGGAGCACGCCAUCUCCAGCAAGGAGAAUGCCAACUCUCAGCCCAGCGAUGACGAUGCCUCCUCUGAUGCCUACUGCUUCGAGCUCCUGUCCAUGGUCCUGGCUCUGAGUGGCUCUAAUGUGGGCCGACAGUACCUCGCUCAGCAGCUCACGCUCCUGCAGGAUCUGUUUUCCCUGCUACACACGGCUUCUCCACGUGUCCAAAGACAGGUGACGUCUUUACUGAGACGUGUCCUUCCCGAAGUCACACCUGUGCGACUUGCCAGCAUCAUUGGUGUUAAGGCUCUGCCCCCGGCUGACAUCAGUGACAUCAUCCACUCUACUGAAAAGGGUGACUGGAACAAACUUGGCAUCUUGGACAUGUUCCUGGGCUGCAUUGCCAAAGCCCUCACUGUGCAGCUGAAAGCCAAAGGAACCACAAUCUCGGGAACCGCUGGUAUGGCUGCUGGUAAAGGAGUCACCACCGUGACUCUGCCCAUGAUCUUUAACUCUAGUUACAUCCGCAGAGGAGAGAGUCACUGGUGGAUGAAAGGCUCCACCCCUCCUCAGAUCGCAGAGAUCAUCAUAAAGCUGGUGAAAGACAUGGCUUUUGGCCACCUUUCAGACGCCUGGUCCAGAGUCACUAAAAAUGCAAUAGCUGAGACCAUUAUUGCUUUGACUAAAAUGGAGGAGGAGCAUCGAUCACCUGUCCGCUGCAUCGCCACCACAAGGCUCUGGUUGGCCUUAGCAUCGCUCUGUGUGCUGGACCAGGACCAUGUGGACAGACUGUCCUCUGGUCGGUGGAUGGGAAAAGAUGGUCAGCAGAAGCAGAUGCCCAUGUGUGACAACCAUGACGAUGGGGAGACAGCAGCCAUCAUACUGUGUAACUUGUGUGGAAACCUCUGCACUGACUGUGACCGGUUCCUGCACCUGCACAGAAGGACCCGCUCCCACCAGAGACAGGUGUUUAAGGAGGAAGAGGAGGCCAUCAAGGUGGAUCUCCAUGAAGGCUGUGGGAGAACCAAGCUCUUCUGGCUCAUGGCUUUGGCAGACUCAAAGACUAUGAAGGCAAUGGUUGAGUUCAGAGAACACACAGGUAAACCAGCCUCCAGUAGUUCAGAUGCCUGCAGGUUCUGUGGAACAAGAAAUGGAACAGAGCUGUCUGCUGUGGGCAGUGUGUGUUCAGACCCAGACUGUCAGGAAUAUGCCAAACUGGCAUGCAGUAAGACCCACCCUUGUGGACACCCCUGCGGAGGAGUAAAGAAUGAGGAUUCGUGUCUACCAUGUCUUCACGGCUGUGACAAGAGCAGCGGCUGUCUGAAACAGGAUGCAGAUGACAUGUGUAUGAUCUGCUUUACGGAAGCUCUCUCUGCUGCGCCUGCUGUUCAGCUGGAUUGCACUCACGUGUUUCACCUUCAGUGCACUCGUCGUGUUCUUGAAAACCGUUGGCUAGGGCCCAGGAUCACAUUCGGCUUCAUGUUGUGUCCAAUUUGUAAGAACAAAAUCAAUCACUCUGUGAUCAAGGACCUUUUGGAUCCUAUCAAAGAACUGUAUGAGGAUGUAAGGAGAAAGGCUCUGAUGAGGCUUGAGUACGAGGGUCUACAUAAGAGCGAGGCCAUAACUACACCAGGAGCCCGAUUCCACAACGAUCCUGCAGGCUUCGCCAUGAAUAGAUAUGCAUACUAUGUCUGCUACAAGUGCAAGAAGGCCUACUUUGGUGGAGAGGCUCGCUGCGAUGCAGAGGCAGGACAGGGAGAUGAUUACGACCCAAGGGAGCUCAUCUGUGGAGCAUGUUCAGAUGUCUCCAGAGCACAGAUGUGCUCUAAGCAUGGAACAGAUUUCCUGGAGUAUAAAUGCCGGUACUGCUGCUCGGUGGCUGUAUUCUUCUGCUUUGGCACCACGCACUUUUGCAAUGCCUGCCAUGAUGACUUCCAGAGGAUGACCAGUGUCCCUAAGGAGGAACUGCCCCAUUGUCCUGCAGGCCCUAAAGGAAAGCAGCUGGAAGGAACUGAGUGCCCUCUGCAUGUGGUUCACCCACCAACUGGGGAGGAGUUUGCUUUGGGCUGUGGGGUUUGUAGGAAUGCUCACACCUUUUAAACAACAACAAGACAUUUCCUGAAAACCAGUCUGUCUACUGUGAUCUCUGGCCACUGCUGCUUUUGCAGAAGUUCAGCCAUGAAGCCUUCUCCCUGUGGCCCUUUGGCACUUUUGUCAGGUCUGGACCAGGGUUCUGCUCCACACCAAGAGUCCUCAGGUCUGCUCUGCUACCUAUUACAUCAGUAACUGGGCCCCUACUGCAAUGAUGCAUUGUGGCUUCCUUAGAAACAGAGUGGCCUGUCGGUGGGAGGAAAAAACCAUAAUAGACUUUGAAAAAGAAGUUUAAAAAAAAAAAAAAAAAAAAUACCUUGUGACGUGUUUGCAUGCAGCCGUUGUAUUCCCUCGGCUUAUUUUGACGUUGCACACCUCCAGAAGUGUAACGAUACAAGAUAAAACAUUGAAUAUGAAAUGAGUUUGCGUAAAGGCAACUGUGGAACAGCUAUUGAAAAAGGAUCAGGCCCUAUUUCCAGCUUCCUAACUAUAAAUUUAAAGUCUUGUAUGUAAAACGUUUUCCCUUUUCAUAAUCUUGUACAGUAUUCUCCACUGUCAAGUGCUACAUUGGUUAAUGGACAAAUGAAAAUAAGAAAGGUCGGUGGACAAGACUGUUAAAAUAAUGUUUGGGCAGAAAAUAGUGUACGAUUUAUCUAAUCUUGUAUAUAACGAUAUUAUUCAAAUUAGCUGUAUUACAAAGUUGCUACUCUUCACUUCAAUUUUGUUUGAUAUUCUGGGUUAUGUUUUGAGCCAGAACUUUUAAUGAAGUGCAAUACUGGGUGUGCCUCCUAUUUUGCAGCUGUUUAACCUAUGGAAUGUAUGUCAAUAAAGCCACUGUACAUUUUUAUACAGUAGAGAGUCGUAAUUUCACCCACUUCUUGUUAAUGUCACAUCUCAUUUGUUCUGUAGAUAUGAGGAGGAGCCUGGCAUCUGCAGUGAAUGAUUAUGGAUGCAAAUCCAAUUAAUAGCUGUCUUAAAAAAAAGAGUACCAAAUCAUACAAAAAACUCACAACAAGACUGUUGGCAGCUCUCACUGAUAUGCGGCACCAGUCUUCACACCAAAUAUGACAUAUUGUGCACCUGUGAUGGUUUUCCCUUAGUGGGAGGCAGGGAAGACUGGGGGUGGGGAGGGGUCAGUCAGAAACAGAGUAUGAAAAAAAGCUGCUGUUAUAUAUAUACAUAAAAAAGCUUAAUACUUGUGAAUCUGCUCUGUAAUAUCCGUGGUGGAUGGAGUUGAAUAAACCAGGUUUUCUGUUUCACAAAGUA